AUGGACGACGUGCUGUCACUACUCUGCCGCAACACAGUUUUAUCACUAGCGCGGAGGGUCGCGAUAAAGAACAACGUGGACGUAUUCUACUUCGCGUGCCUUAUCCCCGCGCACAUCCUAUUCACUGAGGACGGGCAACUAGACAAGCGGGUGUUCCUCACCACCUGGAAGGAAAUACCUGCCGCUAACGAGGUCCAACACACGCUCUCGAACGUCAUUGGCAACGCCGACUCCAUCGCCCAGAAAAUGACCCUAAACAACAUCUUCACCAUCGCAAAACGCAACGUCGAAGGACAAGACAUGCUCUACCAAUCACUCAAACUCACCAACAAUAUCUGGGUCCUUCUAGAACUCAAACUACAACCUGGCAACCCCGAAGCUACCCUCAGCUUGAAAUCUCGGACCGUAGAAGUCGCCACCUGCAUAUUCCAAGCGUACGAAGCGAUCAUCAAGUCCUAA